ACGGUAUAGGAAAAAACACCAUGUCGUUUGCGGUUGCUUCCCUGCUUCCCUGACUUCUCGUACCACUGCGGCGUGUCGGAGGCAUGCAGUGAGCGACUACAGGAAUGCCUGUCAGUCACCGAUUUCUAUCAUCUCGCUACACUGUAGCAGCUAGGUAUGAUCACAAGUCAUCGACUCAAUUACUACUUAAUUAGGGAGAGUGCAACAUCGGGCAGCUGAACAAGCACGCCAUGCUGUAUAAAAAGCACUAACGAGGCGAAUCACGAACGUUAUUCUCUCCUCUCCGCAUUGCUUUCAUCGCUAUGUUCACUUGCAACAUUGUCCGCAUUCUUCCCUUGGUCCUCGCUGCGCUUUUGAUGACCGCAAAUGCUGUACGCACACUAGAGCAGCCAUUGAAUGAGCAACUCUUGCCGACGCUAUCUGACUGUGGCAAGUUCUCUAAAUCCGUCGCAUUCGUGCGCAGUUAUAGCGCCAGCGCCAAAGACCACUUCUACACGACUGACGCCGUCGAGAUGGACAUUGCAGUCGACAAACAGGGCUACAAGUUCCAGGGCGACGCUGGCCGUGUUUUCUCCUACCAAUUUGGGAAGACGGUCCCUCUCUACCGGAUGUACAGCGUGACAGCGAAGGACCACUUCUACACCACGCUCAAGUGGGAGGCGGAAAACGCAGUAGACAGACUAAAAUACACCGCAGAGGGCACUGCUGCCUUUGUCUAUUCUGAACAAAUCUGUGGCGGCAUCCCAUUCUACCGCAUGUACAACGCUAACGCGACCGAUCACUUCUACACGACGUCGCAGAGCCAGAGAGACAAUGCCAUCAUCGAACACGGAUAUGUUGAUGAGGGUAUUGUGUGCUACAUUCUCCCUACCUAUGACUAACUUUGGACAAGCAUUCUUCGAUGCAAAACGGCAUUCUUAUUUUUUGAUCUCUGUGAUUCAUUGGAGUGGACUACAGUACAUGUUGGUAUCCACAAGGUUCCGUCUAAAUUAGCGUGUUCCCUUUUUUUGAGGCCAG